AUGCUCCGUCGGUCCAUCAGGCUGCCACGCCGGGCCGCUAUUCUUCAGCAUCAGCAGCAUGCAUGCACACCUAGGGCCUUUUCCGCCACUACUUCUCGUCGUGGCGAGAUUGAACUUGAAAUCAAUGGCAAGUCCGUCAAAAUUGAGCAAGGCGCGGCAUUGAUUCAGGCAUGCGACAAGGCCGGUGUACAUAUCCCCCGAUACUGCUAUCACGAUAAGCUACAGAUCGCCGGAAAUUGCAGGAUGUGUCUUGUUGAAGUGGAACGAUCACCGAAGCCCCAAGCGUCCUGUGCCAUGCCUGCUAUGCCUGGAAUGAAGGUUCACACCAAUACGCCGCUUGUUCAUCAGGCUCGUGAGGGCGUCAUGGAAUUCUUACUAGCCAACCAUCCGCUCGAUUGCCCGGUCUGUGACCAAGGCGGCGAAUGUGACUUGCAGGAUCAAUCGAUGCGCUAUGGAUCUGAUCGUUCUCGAUUCGCUGAACGGACGGGUAAGCGGGCUGUUGAGGAUAAGAACAUCGGACCCCUCGUCAAAACCAUCAUGACCCGCUGUAUUCACUGCACGCGUUGUGUGCGUUUUGCCAAUGAAUUGGCUGGUGCUCCUGAACUCGGUACCUCGGGACGUGGCAACAGUAUGCAAAUCGGCACGUACAUUGAAACGGCACUCAAGACGGAAAUGUCUGGUAAUGUAAUUGACUUGUGUCCUGUUGGCGCAUUGACUUCAAAGCCUUAUGCAUUCCGAGCACGACCUUGGGAGACGAAGAAGACGGAGACAAUCGAUGUCCACGAUGCACUCGGUUGCAAUAUUCGGGUAGACACUCGCGGUGUCGAAGUGAUGCGUGUCAUGCCCCGUCUCAAUGACGAUGUCAAUGAAGAAUGGAUCAACGACAAGACGCGAUUUGCAAACGAUGGUCUCAAGAUGCAGCGACUGACACACCCGCUCGUCAAGGUUGGCGACAAGUUUGAGCCAUGCUCGUGGGAGCAGGCUUUAGUGACCAUCAAGGAUGGAUUCGACAAGGUGCAACCCAAGGGCGAUGAGAUUAAGGCUGUCGCAGGACACCUCGUGGAUGCAGAAUCGAUGGUGGCUUUGCGUGAUCUUGUUCAUUCUCUUGGGUCAGAGAACCUCGCACUGGACCAAGCACUCGGUGAUGCACCAAUUGCGCAUGGCGUUGACAUUCGCAGCAACUACCUCUUCAACUCGCGUCUUGCAGGCGUCGAGGAAGCAGACAAGGUGUUGAUUGUUGGUAGCAACAUGCGACACGAAGCGUCCGUCCUUAAUGCACGUCUACGAAAGUCAUGGUUGCGUUCUGAUGCUCUUGAAAUUGCGCUUGUUGGCGAGCAAACUGAGAAUAUCUUCCAGUCUGAGCAUCUCGGCAAUGACGCUGCUGCACUUAAAAAGGCACUUGCUGGUGCAUUUGGAAGGAAGCUCGCCGCCGCAAACCGACCCAUGAUUAUUUUGGGUUCCGCAUUGGCUGAGCACCCAGACGGCAAAGCGCUCUUCGACAUGGUCGCGCAAUUUGCAGCAAAGCAUGAAAAUGUCUUUUUCCAGCAAGAUGCCUGGAAUGGCUUCAACGUCCUCCAGCGUGCUGCGUCGCGCGCUGCUGCCUACGAUACUGGCUUUACGGCACCUUCUCCAGCAACGGCAAAGACACAAGCCAAGUUUGUUUAUUUGUUGGGUGCUGAUGAGGUUGAUGGUAAGGAUAUCCCCAAGGAUGCCUUUGUCGUUUAUCAAGGCCAUCAUGGUGAUCUGGGCGCACAGUACGCAGAUGUUGUCCUGCCAGGUGCUGCAUACACUGAGAAGUCCGGCACGUACGUCAACACGGAAGGUCGCACACAAACGACACGUGCAGCGACGAACCCACCGGGUGUCGCUCGUGAGGACUGGAAGAUUGUGCGUGCCCUAUCGGAAGUCUUGGAGGCACCAUUGAAGUAUGAUGAUUUGAUCAGCUUGCGUGAUCGAAUGGCUGAGAUUGCACCGUCUCUUGCACGUUACGAUGUUGUUGAACCGAGCUCCCUGGCCCUUGUGGGGCUCAAGUCCCUUGCUGAGCAAAACAAGGGCUCGAGCAUCUCCGGUGCACCUCUUAAGAACCCGGUCAACUUGGAUAACUUUUACUUGACGGAUGCGAUUGCGCGGUCGAGUAAGACAAUGGCACGCUGCUAUACACAAUUUAGCCAGGGCGGUUCAGCUGACAAGCAGCAGGAGGUUGCUUAUGGACAGUAG